AUGGAGCCACCUCCACCGCCGCCGCCGCCGCACGGUUCCAAUCCUCAAGGCGGCGGCAGGUCAGGCGGUCUUCCUGACGGCAAAUAUGACAUUUUUGUCAUCCCUCCACACUCUGCCGGCGCAGGCUUCUUGUACCUCCCGUCUCUCCAGACCCAGCGCAAUUCCUUCUUGGCUGGAGUCAUCUGCACAGCAUCCGCUUUCUUCAUCUACUAUACUGCUGUGCCUGUGGUCAAAGAAUGGCUGUUUAGCACCAUCAACAGUGGUGGAACGGGCGUCUUUACCCUGGUUUGCGGUGUUGCAGUGUUGGCAUGGGCGCUCGGUAAGACACAGGGUGAAUGGCAGGGGCCUGAUCCGUCCAGUCGCUCCGGUCCCAGUCAUGGUACUGGUGGCCAGGGUCAAGGCCAUGCAGGCUAUGGCACUGGCUCGUACCCUCACUCGGGCCCUCAACCACCGCCACCACCACCUCACCAUGGCACGCAAGCUCCGCCUCAACCACCACCUCAGUCACCGCCUGGAACCAGCAGCCCUCCUCCUCAGUCGUCCUGGCAGAGACCACCGCCGCAGGCCAACACGAAAGCCAAUACCACAAAUGCGAAGUCAAGCUGGGAAAAGGCAAGAGAAGAGACUCGGAAGAGGGAAGAGGAACGAAAAAGAGCCGAAGAGCUGAGAAAGCGCAGAGAGGAACUGGAGAAAGAACGGCAACGGCAGAAAGAGGAACUGGAGAAACAACGGCUGAAAGCCCGGGAGAAGGAACUACGAGAGAGACUCGAGCGCGAGCUAAAAGAGAAAAGAGAGCGGGAAGACAAAGAUCGUCUGGCGAAAGCUGCUGCAGAAGAGAAGGCCGCGGCUGAAAAGGCGGCGGCACAGGCUGCUGAGAGGGAAAGGGAGAAGCUAGACAGGGAGAGGCUAGAGAAGGAAAGGGAGAGGCUGGAGAAGGGGAAGGAGAAGCUGAGGCAAGAGCAAACUGCCCGAAGUGCUGCACAGCGUCCCCCCAUGCCGACUGCGGCGACAGAACGAGACGACGACGCAUACUCGUUCAGACCCUACGAUCGACCCAAGCGAACGCACAAAGCCAACUCGGCGGCUUCGAUGUACUCGGAGUCCUCAUAUGCACCGUCAGUGAGUACGGCGAAAACCACGCCGCCGCCGUCUAUGCGUGGACCAUACUCGACGAAGGACCCGGAGAAGAUCGUGAUCAAAGGAGUCUAUUCCUUCAACAAUGCAUUCUCCCGCACCCCGAUUGCUCAGCUUGUGUCUGGUCAAGGUAACGUUACCGAUGGGCUGAUUCUCCGAAUCACCACCGAAGGUCUGUUCGUCGACGACGACCUACGAGGCGUGGGCCAACGAGAAUGGGAUGUCAAGGCUUGGACUAUGAAAUCGGCAGAGGUAUGGUGUCCCAAUGUUUCUCCCCCAGGAAAUGACCCGAAGACUGCUCCCUGGAGAAGGAACUUCUCCCUUGGACUUGGAAUGCAUGCGGAUUCGAGGCGAGAAACACCUUCACCCUCGCAGGGCGAAUCGUCUGCGUUCGUUAUCAAGCUGAUGAAAGCGUGCGGAGGGGAGUGCAAGGAGUCGUCUCGGGCUCAGGCUCGGGCCUCAAUGCACGGCUCUCGCCCUUCGUCUUCUUGGUCUUCUCGUUUCUCACUUGAUGUCACCGCAAGCGACCAUUCUACCAAAUCAUCUGAUACUGACUGUGCCGUCAAACAGAGCUGCGAGUUAUCGGGUUUGCACGUCCUCCGUGCCAGCAUACGCGAUCAAGAAGGCAAGAAAUACGUCUUCAUCUUGUCCCAAAGCGAAGGGUGGAAGGUUGCGGUUGGGCUGCAGAAAUUACGACGCGGCUCACAGGUUCGCGCCUUGGGCGUCGCGGGCAUGCCGAUGAAUGAAGGAAAGGCGAUCCUGGAGAAUCUGGGCUUCGUAUAG